CUGCCGUGCUGAAUAGAGGAUGGGGCAGACUGUGAGGGGAAGGUGCGGACUACAACUCCCAGCUGCUUAAGAGGCGACUGCGUGACGUCGCUGCGGAGGGUGUGGCUUAAGUAGAAGGGGCUGGCUGCUGAGACUGUGAUAUUUAUGAAGUCUAUAAAAAUAAAGACUGAUGUGCACAGAGUCCCAGGAAAAGACAAGUGUUAUAUUCUGGGAAAGGUGUGAAGAUAGAGGGCACUGGAGAGUGACCCAAGACGAGGGUGAAGAGCACCUGGAACACACCUGUCCAUAGACCACUCCAGAAGUUCAUAGAAAAAAAAAAAAAUCCUGUCAUCAAAAGUCCUGGCAUCAAAAAUGGAGAACUGAGCUCAAGGAGAGCGGGUGCUGAAGAGCUUCAGUUAUAUUUUUGGGGAGAGAGACCUGAUAGUGUCUUAAAAAAUGUCCAGCUAUUCAAGUCAGUCCGGGAACUCUCCUCCAAGCCAACGAGUUUGCUUGGAUACGCAAUCGUCAACGGAGGAGAGGUAUUCCGGCCCUGCUCCGACAGCGGGAGAGGAGGAAGUCGGGGGUGGACACCAUGAAGCGAUGUCGUCAGCAACCACCCACAAGGCGCCGGGGAGCACGCGGCGGUCGGGGACGUGGUUCAAGGGCCUCUGCCAGAACGGAUGAGGAGGAAUUAUCCGGAUUCUAUAUUGACAAUGAACUCCUCAUCCAUCUGGUGGAGGAACGUGUCCCACUCUGGUACCAUACCGACCGCCGCCAUGCAGACCAUCACCUGACCCGGAGUCUGUGGAUGGAGAUUUGUGGAAAAAUACUUCCGGAUUGGGACUACCUCAGUGCAGGCCAACAGGAAGAUUGCAAGAUGGCAGUCAUGGUGCGAUGGCGCUCAAUAAGGGACCGCUAUAAGAAAGAUUAUAACGAGGAGGUCAAUCGCCCAAGUGGGUCUGGCGGAACCCGCCGGCAGCCGUACCGCUAUGCGGCUGCCCUAGGGUUCCUACGUAGAACCCUAGAGCUGCGAAGAACAACUAGCAGUACUCGGCGCCAGAACCUCCUUGUGAAAGUGAUCAAGAGGCGGUCCCUGCUGAGCUGCCACCCGCGGAUCCCUCUCCACCUCGUCCAGCACCUGGUCAGGAUCCAAAUCAUCCUCUACUGGUGCCCUCUGGUGACGCAACAAUGGCCGUUAUGGCGCCACUUUUUGAGGCGUUGAUGCGUCGCCAGAGGGCCGGUAGAAGCCGCCAAGCUGAUUAUGAAGACCUCACAAGGCUCUUGUAUGAGACCUUGUGUGGUUACAGCAAUAGGAUUGUAGCCAUGGAGGCCGAGCUGAGAAGUCUGCGGGUGUGUGUGGCGCAGUUUUCUCAGCCGGGCCCGCUACAAACCUAUUGGCCAUCAGUUAAUCAGCUGGUGGUGGACUUCACGCCUGACCAGGUGUUGGAGUUCAGACGUAGGGUGGAGGAUGCGGUGUGGGAUUUGAGACACCGCACAACUUCCGUCCCCCAACCACCAACCUAUCCCACGUCCCAUUCCUAUCCCCCACCACAAUCUCCUCACCCCUUCCAACCUCCGCAAACUUCAACCCGUCCACCUCAACCACCUCCCCAUUCUCCAACCCCCGAGCCUUUUCACCACUGUGUGUUCGUUCUCUCUCUCUCUCUCUGUCUGUCUCUCUCUCUCUGUCUGUCUCUCUCUCUCUCUGUCUGUCUCUGUCUCUCUCUCUCUCUGUCUCUCUCUCUCUCUGUCUCUCUCUCUCUCCAACCAUCAACUUUCACCACUCCUUCUUCGCUGGCUCGGGCAACUCCUUCACCCAAUCCCCCAUCCCGUUUGCAUACUCCCGCUGUCUCUCCUCCCACAUCACACAUUUCAGUGUCCACCAGAACAUACGAAGGUGGAGAGGGAUCAAGCCAUGCACUGCCUUCCACCCCCCCAACC